GGGAUUCAAAAGGUAAAAAACGACAAGUCGUUUUUUCUGAAAUCAGCUUAAGCUCUUUCAGUAGUCUUGACACCGGAAACAUUUGGGGUUCUUCUCGAGAUCACUGAAUUAAAGUGAAGGAAGAAAAUAUAAUGAAAAACAAGAGGGAAGAUGAUGAUAUGGGGAGUGAAGGAAGUGGUAGUGUUUUAAAGAGGCAGAGAAUGGAUGAGCAGUCUUCAGCUUCUGGUAUUGGAAACCCCCUUGUCCCUUACAAUGAUGUGGAUGAUGAAGACGAGGACUUCGAAAGGGGGAAAACAAAUAAUGGUGGUGGGGUGGAUGGGAGUAAUACUCAAGUUGUUGCGGCGGAGAAUGGUGAGGAUGAGGAGGAGGAAGAGGAUGUGUAUGGACAAGGGGAUAGUUUGGAAAGGAGGAAGAGUCAAUUUGAGCCUCGUGAAGAUUGCCCGUAUUUGGAUACUGUUAAUCGACAGGUGUUGGAUUUUGAUUUUGAGAAAUUUUGCUCUGUUUCUCUGUCGAAUUUGAAUGUGUAUGCAUGUUUAGUUUGUGGGAAGUAUUACCAAGGAAGAGGGAAGAAAUCCCAUGCUUAUACUCAUAGUCUUGAAGCAGGACACCAUGUGUACAUCAAUCUUAGGACAGAGAAGGUUUAUUGUCUUCCUGAUGGAUAUGAGAUUAUUGACCCAUCACUUGAUGACAUACGACAUGUUCUCAAUCCAAGAUUUACCAGGGAUCAAGUUGGACAGAUUGACAAAAACAGGCAAUGGUCCAGGGCACUUGAUGGGUCUGAUUACCUUCCUGGAAUGGUGGGUCUGAAUAACAUCAAGGAAACUGAUUUUGUGAAUGUAACAAUUCAGUCUCUAAUGAGAGUUACACCCUUAAGGAAUUUCUUCCUUAUCCCUGAAAACUAUCAGCAUUGUAAGUCUCCUCUUGUUCAACGCUUUGGAGAGCUCAUGCGCAAAAUAUGGCAUUCUCGGAACUUUAAAGGACAGGUGAGUCCACAUGAAUUUCUCCAGGCAGUUAUGAAAGUUAGUAAGAAACGAUUUCGAAUAGGACAACAGUCUGAUCCUGUGGAGUUCAUGGCAUGGCUUCUUAAUACCCUGCAUGCAAAUCUUAGAACUUCAAAGAAAAAUAACAGUAUCAUUUAUGAGUGCUUUCAGGGUGAGUUGGAGGUUAUUAAAGAGAGUCCUAACAAAGCUAUCACUGAGAAGAAACAAAACGCUGAUGAUCAAAAUUCAGAUCAAAGAAUUACUGGUGGUGGAACUAAACAUGAUAUUUUCGCGGAAACUUCUAGAAUGCAAUUCUUAAUGCUUGGACUGGAUUUGCCACCACCUCCUCUGUUUAAAGAUGUAAUGGAGAAGAAUAUAAUACCUCAGGUUCCUCUGUUCAAUAUACUGAAGAAAUUUGAUGGUGAUACUGUGACUGAAGUUGUUCGUCCUCAUGUUGCUCGGAUGAAAUAUCGUGUCACCAGAUUGCCACGAUAUUUAAUACUGCAUAUGCAGCGAUUUAAAAAGAACAACUUUUUCAUCGAGAAGAAUCCCACCUUAGUCAACUUUCCUGUGAAGAACUUGGAAUUGAAAGAUUUUAUUCCUUUGCCAAUGCCUAAAGAAAAUGAGAGAUUGCGCUCGAAGUAUGAUUUGAUUGCGAACAUUGUCCAUGAUGGAAAGCCUAAUGAGGGGUUCUACAGAGUUUUUGUGCAACGGAAGUCAGAAGAGCUUUGGUAUGAGAUGCAGGAUCUGCAUGUUUCUGAAACCCUUCCUCAGAUGGUUGCGCUCUCUGAGGCAUAUGUGCAGAUAUAUGAGCAGCAGCAGUAGCAUUGGAGGAUAGAAGUGUCCUGUUGUUGACCCAUCUUCGUACUGCUUUUAGGUACAAGUAACAAGAGUUUUCCCUUCUGUAAAUGGUUGUCGGAAGAUCAGAUGAGAUGGCAUUGUUGUUUGAUUGGCACCUGUCUGAUUUACUAAAGCUUAGCAAAAUACGAGGUUCAUAGAAAACAAGGCUGUAGUUUUGCUGUUUCAUAUCGUUGAAAGAAUGAACAGUUUUGUUACUAAAAACUAUCCUUCUAUUGCAGCAGGUAACUUAAAUACUCAAUACUUUCCUCGA